AUGGCAAGCAAGGAUGGACCACCGACUGCGGAACACGGUUCCUCCAGCAGCCGAACCGCUCUCAGCCCUACUCGUCGUGAGCGAAAACGGGUGAGUGACCGAAUAUCUCAACAAGCGACCCGGGCGAGGACCAGGGCAUAUAUUGAGCACCUCGAGAACACAACGGCAAGACUAACAGAGGCGCUCGCUGGCAACGGUGCUGCUGUUUCCGAACAAAUGGCACAACAGUAUGACGAGAUUGAGGGAUUGAAGGGCGUGAUUGCACGGAUUGCGAAGAUUGCAAAUGGGGCGGUAGGCUUCACUUGUGCUAGCACAGGUCCCGACAUUCAGAACCGAUCAUCGAAAGAUAUAUCCCACUCCAGUUCGCAUGGGAUUGCACUUGCGAGCCCAACGGCAUCUGUGCCUGCUGGAUAUUGUGGCUGUUUUGCUCCGGAGACAUUCCCACCGGUCCCGCAUACCAACCAGGAGUCAUUGAAGAAAAUCUACCCCAUGAUGAACCUCAAAUGUAGCAACGAAGGCCGCGAUUAUUUCGGGGCGCUCAAUCAUGCUUUGGUGACGAUCGAAAGCAACCACGCACGCCACCUGUUUUCCGGCCCACACGUUGACGAUGACACCAGUAUUAGGGCCGUGUUACACGGAUGGGAUGCUGCAAGAGCCAAAAAUCCCUUUGAUGUUGGAUGGCAAUUACUUCAAAUCCUAGACGAAGGUCUCUUCUUCAGAAGCGGAUCGGUAGAGCGGAUGGCUAUUUUGCGGAUCAUGAGAGCAAUGCUGAUGACCAAGAUCAAUCCCCAUCUUCCACCCGAAAGAAAACCCCCUUCCUUCAUGAAUCCCAGUCCAUUGCAGAUGCAGGUCAGCCACCCGAGGCUGAUCGACUAUUUCGUGUGGCCCGAAGUUCGUGACUAUCUGAUCAUUAGUGGCAUCAGCUACGCACCCGAGAGUUUGGCGGCUCAAUUCGCCGUCGACAUUGGCUUCAAAUGGCCAUUCACCCUCCGAGACACAUGCACAUAUCAGCCAUCAACGGGCGUGUACGCAUUUUCCAAAGAGUUUACGGAGGCAUACGAAAGUCUGGAAUCAUGGUAUUUCAAAUCGCCCAUUAUGUCAAUCCACCUUCCUCUAUCGCCAGACAAGUCCGCAACGGGUUUGGAGGACAAUUGGCUGGGAACUCUGCCCCUGUCUUGCAACCUUCCUUCCGAGACUCUUCAACAAGAUGUCUCUUGGGAUGGUGCUUGGGAGGGAAUCACGUCGACAGAGAACCUCUAG